GAUUGAAAUUUAGUCCAUUUAUUCAUUUGGCUACAUUGAUAAUAUUUGUUACAUGAAGAAAUCCAUAUAAACCACAUCUAAACUAGCUCAAAACACUUAAAAUAUAAAUAAAGUUUCAAUGCAUUAAAUACAACUUUCGUAUGAGGAAAAAUAUGUAAUUUCCUUUCAUUUGUGACCUCCUCUAGCUCUCCCUUUGGUGCAAUCCCUCCAAUCCUGAAGCUGAAUGAGUUGUUUGAGUAGAAGUCAGAAUUCAUAUUCUACUCUUGAAUCAAUUUCUGCAUUCUCCUAACAAUUCUCAUAACACAUUGAACUCCAAAAUUUCUUCUUUCUCAUAACAAACUCUUUAGCGCUUGGCACUGAUGAUUCAAAAUCCCACGAACGAAAACGUACUUUGUAAAAAUAAAAAAUAAAAAACCAUCCAAUCAAAUUACACACCAAACAACCUUUAAAGUAAUCAAAAUCUAAUAAUUAGUCUGAUUAUUGGACAAUAAGCAGGACAAAUAGAAUGAGUCGAUUAAUGCUUCCAAGUCGAUUAGUGCAUACUUAUGAAUAUUCAUGUGCUAAAUUGGAGAAGUGAAAUUGUUUUUGUAUGUAUGUAUGUGAUGAUCAUCCACCGCCGCCUUCUACCUUCCUCACCCUACCAUCAUCAUCAUCAUCAUCAUCUUCACACUGACAUCCUUUCCCUGUGUCACUCGGCUCACUCUAUCCGGCAACUCCAACAAACUCAUGCUCAGGCCGUCCUCCGCCGCGUCCUCCCCUCCAGCAUCUCCGUAUGCGCCGCUCUCAUUCUCCGCUACACCCUCUUCGCCUCCACCCCCACAACCAUCCACACUCUCUUCUCACACACCCUUCCCUUCGCUCUAUCUCCUUUUCUCUACAACACCCUCUUCCGAGCCCAUGCCCUACUUGGACUCUCUGCCCACACUCCACUCUCCCUCUAUAAUCACAUGCUCAGCACCGGUCUUAUGCCCGAUGAUCAUACAUUCCCUUUUGUGCUCAAGCUCUGCACCGACUCUUUUGAGGUCCCCAAAGGCUUAGAAGCACAUGGGAUGUUGUUCAAGUUGAGUUUUGAUUCAGAUGUGUACGUCAACAAUACUCUGCUUUGUUUUUAUGGCAGCACAGGAGAUCUGGUGGCUGCACUCAAAGUGUUCGAUGAAAUGCCGCGCAGGGAUUUGGUGUCGUGGAACACCAUCAUCAGGGUAUUCUCCCACAAUACUUGCUUCUACGACGCACUUAGAGUGUUCAGGGAAAUGUUAUCUCUGUCAGAGGUUAAGCCUAACGCAGUUACUGUGGUAAGCAUGCUGCCCGUUUGUGCAGCGCUUGAGUAUGGCAACAUGUGUGGGCAGAUUCAUUGUUACAUCUUCAAAGUGGGUUUACACACUCAACUUAGCAUUGGGAAUGCAUUAAUUGAUGCUUAUGGUAAGUGCAGAGAGGUGGAAGCCUCGAUACAGACCUUUGAUGAAAUGAUCGAGAGGAACAAUGUCUCGUGGAAUGCAAUUAUUGUUAUUUUUGGCUGUAAUGGCUGUUAUAAACAAGCAAUUAUUAGUUUCAGGUUGAUGAUUAAUGAGCGCAUGGAUUUAAACUCCACUACAAUCUCAAGCAUUCUGCCAGUCUUGACCGAACUAGGCUAUUUUUGCAACGGAAGGGAAGUCCACGGUUUCUGUGUGAGGAUGCAUUUGGAUAGUGACGUCUUUGUUGCAAAUUCGCUUAUUGAUACGUACUCUAAAUUCGGGCGUUCGACCGAAGCAUCCAAUGUAUUUUACAAUAUGGAUAAGAAGAAUGCUAUAUCAUUUAAUGCAAUGAUUGCUAACUUUGCACAAAAUUCACUCCAGCUUGAUGCUCUGGCUCUGGUAAGGGAAAUGCAAGCUGCAGGUAAAAAUCCGACAUCUGUGACCUUCACUAAUCUUCUGCCAGCAUGUGGCAGGCUGGCAUUCGUUCGGCCCGGGAAGGAAAUUCAUGCAAAGUCACUUCGUAGCGGGUGUGCUUCUGAUUUAUUCGUAUCAAAUGCAUUGAUGGAUAUGUAUUCAAAAUGUGGGUUUCUAAAUCUUGCUCAAAAUAUAUUUGACAUUUCCCAAAGGGAUGAGGUAUCUUACAACAUACUGAUUAUUGGUUAUUCUCUAAGUAAUUCUUGGAAAAUCUCUCUUUCUCUUUUCUCCGAAAUGGGCCAUCUUGGAAUGAAACAUGACAUGGUUUCCUUCAUUGGGGCCCUCUCUGCGUGUUCUAAUGCUUCUGAAAUCAAGAAAGGAAGAGAUAUUCAUGGUUUUGCCAUGAGGAGAUAUUUUCAUUCACAUCAAUUUGUGGCAAAUUCGCUUUUAGAUCUGUACACAAAGUGUGGACGGAUCGAUAUCUCUAGGAAGAUCUUUGAUCGUAUGCCAGCUAGGGAUGCGGCAUCUUGGAACACCAUGAUAUUAGGGUAUGGAAUGAUCGGUGAGCUUCAAAAUGCUGUGGAUUUCUUUGAAUCCAUGAGAGACGAUGGGGUUGAAUAUGAUUCGGUUUCCUAUAUCGCCGUCCUGUCGGCCUGUAGUCACGGAGGGCUAAUUGAAAAGGGAAGGAGAUAUUUUGAUGAGAUGGUUGCUAGUAAUGACAUUAAACCAACUGAGAAACACUAUGCUUGCAUGGUGGACCUUCUUGGACGGUGCGGCCUAGUUGACGAAGCUGUUUGUCUUGUUCAGAGUUUACCCUUUGAGGCUGAUGCUAAUGUAUGGGGUGCUCUUCUUGGGGCUUGUAGGUUGCAUGGAAAGCUGGAUUUAGGUUGCUGGGCUGCCGACCAGUUGCUCAAACUGAAGCCCAAGAACUCUGGGUAUUAUGCACUGUUAUCCAACAUGUAUGCUGAAGCGGGGAGGUGGAAAGAGGCAGAUAUAGUUAGAGAGUUGAUGAAAGUAGAAGGAGUGAAGAAAAUGCCCGGGUGCAGUUGGAUUGAGAUGGAGAAGGGCGUUUAUGCUUUUGUUGUUGGGGAAAGAUUCCAACAAUUGGAUUUGUGCUCCUCUGUUUUGUAUGACCAUUCGGAAUUUAAGAUUUGAUUUGCUUCUGGGGGGCAGGCAUUUCUACCGUUGGAGGAUGUAUGUAUCAUCCCCGCAUUUUUGUUUCCCUACUCCAUAUAUGGGUCCGUUUGAGACAGAAAAUUCCAGGGAAAGAAAAUAGGGAUGAAGCUGAAGGGGAGAGUUUUGUGGGGAGGAGAUAAAAUAUUACUGUAUUUCGAACUACAGUAAUAUUUUUUCAAACACAUUUUAUUUUUUUUAUUUUCAAAAAAUAAAAUACUCCAUAUUACAUACAGGAAAAGAAUUCCAAACAUAUGACUUUUUUUCAAACACAGACGGAAACUAAUCACAUUUUAAUUUCCUUUUGCAUUUUCUGAGGUAAAACCAAACACAAGAAGCUAAACAAUUUCAUAUCAUUUUCCCUCUUUCUUUCACUAGCAUUUUCCGUCACAGCUGGGAGGGAAUUUUGUUGAGAAAUUCAGUCCCAAAUAAGAAUCUAAUCUCACAAACGUGAUAAAUUUCACAGAAUCAAGCACAUAUAAGGACACUAACCGGUUGGAGAGAAACCAAACUUUGAUUGUGUUGUAGAAGGUGAUGAAGCCAUAGCCAUGGAUGUGUGGAUUCUCCAAGGAUACAAGCGGAUUUAGAUGGAUUGAACUAUCCUUGGGUCUCUUAAUAUAGGUGUUCUUGAGACCUUUAGGAAGAAACAUGUUCUUUCGUUUUAGUCGUAAUGGAACGAACGAGUGUAUUAUCUUGUAUCAAAGAGAAACCCAUUUGAUGUUAAAACAUACCAAUCAUAUGUUAACUAUACAUAAAUAUAUUAAUGGUAAGACAUAAAUGUCCC